AUGAAUUAUUCACCACAAAAUGAUAUUAAUCGAAAAGAAAAUUUAUUUGAGUCACCAAAUUUUAUUCAUUUUAUUAAUACAACAUUAGAAUAUCCUCGAAUAGCAACAACAAGAAAAUUAAUAAAUAUGAAUGAACAAAAAAAACGAUUAACUUUAGGAAUAAUUCAAUUAAGUCUUAUCACAUCAGAUAAUCAUUUAACAUUAAAAGUUUUACAAGUCAAAGGUAUUUAUUCAUGUUUAUCAAAUAUUUUUAUUAAAAUGACACUUAUACCUGAUCGAAAACCAUUAGAAUGUCAUACUCGUUUUGUACCAAAUAUAAAUGGUUCAGGAAUAUUUAAUGAAAAAUUUACAUUUGAAAUUAAUAAUGAUGAUAUACAUAAACGUUUAUGUUUUUCUAUAUAUAAUUAUCAACAAGAAAUAAAUCAAAUUAAUUUUCAAGGUUGUCUAUCAUUUGGUAUAAAAAAUACAUUAAAAAAACAAAAAAUUCGUGGUUGGUUUUAUUUAUUACCUGAAGAUAUUGGUGAAUUACGUCAUAAACAAGUAUCAAAUCAUGAUGAAAAACAAGUAACAAAAAUAAAUCGAGAUAUUGCAGAUUUAGAAGAACAUCAAUUUAUAAUUUUACGUGGUAAAAAUAAUUCAUUUGGUUUUACUGUUGUUGGUGAUAGUCCAACAUUUAUUGGAAAAGUUAGUGAAAAUAGUUCAGCUGCUCAAUGUGGACUUAAAUCAGGUGAUUAUAUUGUUAAAAUAAAUGGUCAAAAUGUUUCACGUGCUCAACAAAGAACUGUAUCAAAUUUAAUUAAACAUGUAAAACAUUCAAUUACAUUAGAUAUUCAUCGUUAUCCAAGUGUACCAUUAAAUCGUGAUUUUUUUUCAUUAGUUUCUUCAACUGAUACUGUAUCAACUGAAGAUUCAUCAACAUGUAGUGAUUUAUCUAUACCAUAUUGUAAUAAAAAUUGUCUUCCAUUAUCAUCAUCAUCAUCGAAUCGACAAUUUGUUGAUUUAGCUCAAUUAGGACAUUAUAUUGAACCGAAACCAUUUAUUCGACAGACAACAAUUAAUACAGGAAAAUCAUUUUAUCCUAUAACUAAUUCAUCAAUGCUUGCUGUAAAAGGUUCACCAACGAAUACAUUUGUUUAA